AUGCGUAUCUUUGGCUUUGCAGACACAUGGCGCUUCCCCGAGUUCGAGAAGCUCGACUCGGACCAGGACGUCGCCGGCACUCCCUUCUACGAUGAAUCCGGCGACCGCUGGUGUCUGCUCGCUGAGAUCACCGACUUCUCCCUUAUGCUUCGCGUCCGCCUCGUUGCCCGCGACCGCGAGGGUGAGAGUCUCGUCAUCGCUUUCUACCCGGACAACGAUGCCACUGAGGUCUUGGAUACAACCAAGCUCAAGGUUGGCCACACCAUUGCCCUACUCUAUCCCCACCAGCAUUACUUCCUCGACGGAACACAAGUCGUUCGCGUCGAGGACGUCAGUACCUGUCGCGUCUUCCCCGUCAAGCUGGCCGAACUAUUCCGCAUCAAUUCGGAUCUUUGCGCGUACACUGGACCCACUGGCACACUCAAGAAGUGCCAUUCCUGUGGAAAGGAAGAUCCAAGUGUCGUCAAAUGCGGCCGAUGCGGACUGUACUACUAUUGCAAUAAGGAUUGCCAGACGCUUGGAUGGAAUCAAAAGGGGCACAAGGAGGCUUGUCGUGUGCUCAAGGACCCAGUCUUGAGAGCUCUGUUCAAGAUUACUGUUGGUGAAGGCGAGCACCGGUUCCAAUUUCCGAGAUGA